UUUGAAUCCCGAUUCAGUUUUAGGGUUUUGUAGUUUUUUUCAAUUACUGCAUUACGAGUCUUGUAUUGAAGCAAUUGGAACUCUUUUAUUUCUAUUCGUUCAAAGAAUUUCAAUUGGAAUGAGACAAGUUACUCAAAAUUGAAUAAUUUUUUAUUUAUUUCUGUAUUCUGAUUUUAUCAUAAUACUUAUUGUGGUUUCAAUUUUAACGAAGGAUAAUUAUUGAACUAAUUAAUCUCAUUUUGUUUAGCUUGGAGAUUGAGAUAAAAUACAAUUCGCACCUUUCGGAUGAACCCUAUUGUUUUGAGGAUAUUACUAAUGUUUCAUUUUGGGGAUAAAGCUUCACUAUGAUGUGAUGAGUUGUUAAAAGUGCUUAUCAAUCUGAAAGAUCUUUUUUUUGUCUUUUUUUUUUUUACAAUUGGCAUUUUUGUUAACUAUUGGAUGGGUUAGUGGUUUCAUAACCAUUCUCCAAUUUGAUCCAAUUAUUGCAAAAUUCUGCCAUUUUUGCUUGAAUGGGUAGCAUUAUUCAUAUUUGAUUCACAAUAAGUUGCUGAAUUGUGGAAAAUAAACAGAGAAUAAUUUUUGCUUGCUUUUUUAGUAAAAAAAAAAAAAGAAUGUACCUUCAGUCGUAAUGUUUCGGUCAUAAUUAUGAGACCUUAUAAUUCAAAACCACACCAACUAUGUCUUUUCCCGCUUAAGGUUGGCUACAUUAAUCAUCUGGAUGCAAUUAAGCUUUAUCAAAAUCCAAAAAGUAUAAAUCCAUUAAGAUGGAAUUUGGGAUUGAUGACUCUAGUAAUGGUGAGGCAGUAGGAAAUGCUAUUAUGGGAGAGGUUAGUAGUAGUAUAGCUGACAAAGAAAAAAUGGACUGCAGUUCUUUUGAGCCAACGGAUGAACAAGAUCAAGAUGAUAAUAUGACUCAAGAUUCCUCUGGAGUGGACCAAAUUCCUUCAGCAAUUCCUGCAGCACCGCUUGUGAGAUCAGUUGAUGAACCCUUUAUAGGUCAGGAGUUUGUAUCGGAAGCCGAAGCGCAUGCAUUUUAUAAUGCAUAUGCUACACGUGUUGGAUUCAUCAUACGUGUAAGUAAGCUCUCAAGGUCAAGGCGUGAUGGAUCUGUUAUUGGGCGAGCUCUUGUUUGCAACAAAGAAGGUUUCAGAAUGCCUGACAAGCGUGAAAAGAUUGUAAGGCAAAGAGCAGAAACAAGGGUUGGUUGCAGGGCAAUGAUUAUGGUGAGGAAAUUAAAUUCUGGCUUAUGGUCUAUAACCAAGUUUGUAAAGGAGCACACGCAUCCUCUGACUCCUGGAAGAGGUAGAAGAGACUUCGUUUAUGAACAAUAUCCGAGUGGACAUGACAGAGUUCGAGAACUAUCUCAGCAGUUGGCUAUAGAGAAAAAGCGAUCUGCGACAUAUAAAACGAACCUUGAAUUGUUAUAUGAGUACAUUGAGGAGCAUAAUGAAACCGUUUCAAAGAAGAUACAGCACAUAGUGGAGAGUGUGAAGGAGAUGGAAGCCAAAGAACAAGAAGAGAAACCUAGAUAGUUUCAAUUCAAUGUUAUCUUAGACUUAUAAUUCUUUUUCACUGGGUCGAAAAUGGUGGUAGAUAAAUUGUGCAAUAAUAAUAUAAUUGCUGACCUAGGUAUCUGGCUCAGUGAUGUAGUUGAGUUUGUUAAGUGCAAUGGAAUUCAAUAAUUAAUUGUAUUGCAAUAUAUAUAUAUAUAUAUGCUCUGAUUCUUUAGUUGGUAGUAGAAGAGAACAGACUAGUUCAGUCAAUGUACAGGUCCUUUGAGUUCAUUCUUAUGAAUUUACUUAUGCUAACAAUAUAGUAGCCAUUCUAAUG